AUGGAUCCUCGUUUUGCUGGUCAUUCCUCGUUUAAGAUCUUGGGCCGUUCUCUACAAGUAGAUGUACCAGAGGCUGCUACUGAUACUACUCUGCGUCUUGACUCUCUGGCCUCGCCGUUGUCUAACGCCAAGGGUGUUAAAAGGAAAUGGAAUCAAGAAGAAGCUGAUCCUCUACUGUCCUUGAGACUCGGCCAUCAUCAUCAUCAUCAUCACCACUCAUCAAGCUCUUCUGAUAGCAAAGGAAGUUGCGUGAGUUUAUCUUCCGCUAAAGAAACUGAGGAAGAGUCUUCAAUGGACAUUGAGCUUGACUUUACCCUCCAUCUUGGCGGCAACCAAAAACCAGCUAAUCUGAAAAUGAAAGCUCCGAAAUUUGAUCUUGAUUUGAGUCUUUCCGGUGGAGGAGGAGGAGGAGGAGGAGUGUCCUGUCAAUCUGAGAUCACUGCGUCGGUCAAGCAGCACCAGACUCUUGCGGAGAUGCUACGUGUGACUAGACCUACAACAAGCUCUUUCUUAGCACAUGCUCCAAAGAACAUCAUCAUUCCUCCUGCUCCUGCUUGUCAUGUUCUGGAACUGUCAUCUAGCACGGCGACGACGACUACACCGAUAAGCUCUGGUACAUGUACUUCCGGUUUAACUCAGCAGCUGAAGCCACAGCACAAGAUCUCAUCUUCUUCUUCUUCCUCCAAGUUAUGUCAAGUAGAAGGAUGUCAAAAGGGAGCGAGAGGCGCCUCUGGCCGCUGCAUUUCCCACGGCGGCGGACGGAGAUGUCAGAAACACGGUUGCCACAAGGGCGCUGAAGGUCGAACCGUGUACUGCAAGGCACACGGAGGCGGCCGGCGUUGUGAGUUCCUCGGAUGCACCAAAAGCGCUGAAGGAAGGACUGAUUUCUGCAUAGCUCAUGGAGGUGGGAGAAGAUGCAGCCAUGAGGACUGUACAAGAGCUGCCAGAGGAAGGUCAGGGCUUUGUAUUAGACACGGUGGAGGGAAACGUUGCCAGAGAGAGAACUGCACGAAAAGCGCUGAAGGGCUUUCAGGGCUAUGCAUCUCUCAUGGAGGUGGACGGAGAUGUCAGUCUGAGGGAUGCACGAAAGGAGCGCAAGGGAGCACAAUGUUCUGCAAAGCGCACGGCGGUGGUAAGCGGUGUACGCAUUUGGGAUGCAACAAGGGAGCGGAAGGAAGCACGCCGUUCUGUAAAGGGCAUGGAGGUGGGAAACGGUGUGCCUUUCAAGGGAGUGAUCCUUGCAGCAAGAGUGUUCAUGGUGGUACUAAUUUCUGUGUGGCUCAUGGAGGUGGGAAGAGGUGUGCGGUUGCGGAGUGCACGAAGAGUGCUAGAGGAAGGACUGAUUUCUGUGUUAGACAUGGUGGAGGGAAGAGGUGUCAGUCGGAGGGAUGUGGGAAGAGUGCUCAAGGGAGUACUGACUUUUGCAAGGCGCAUGGAGGAGGGAAACGGUGUGAGUUUGCGUCAGGACAGGCUUCUUCUGGUGCUUGUGGUUCGUUUGCUAGAGGGAAGAGUGGUUUGUGUGCGCUGCAUAACAGUCUGGUGCAAGAUAAUAGGGUUCAUGGAGGAAUGACUGUGACUUCGGAGAGCCAAGAGCCGAGAGUAAGCGGGAGCGAGACGGAGAAUGAGAACGAGGAAGAGUUUAGCGGUUCUCAGGAGAUGAACAUUGAGAGGAGUGCUGUUAGGUCUUCUCCAGAGACUGAUAUUGAUCUGAAUGAGUAUGGAGGAGGAUUAGGGUUGGCUCCGGAAGGAAGAGUUCAUGGUGGAAGUUUGAUAAUGGCAAUGUUGGGUAGAGACGGUGGUGGUGGUGGCUCUGCCUCAAGCAACUUGCCUAAGAGGUGGAUGUGA